UAGUUUUGCCCGUGGUAUUGUACGAGUCGGAUUUCAAUCACAUAAAAUCUACUAGAAUUUACACAGGCACCCAUAAAAGGCUUAGUUACACGCAAGACUUUCCAAUCCAAAUACCUGCAAUUCUGCAGACUGAGUUACAGCUGGAUAUACUGGUGUCAGUGCAAGAGGAAGUCAGCUAACGUUAGCUGCCUGUCUUAAAUAGGAAGCAAGCUAACAGCCAACACAGGUAGAUGCAUAUUGACUGGGACAAGUCAGCAACGGAUAGUAGGCAAGACAUCUAAACGGAGCUGGCCAUAUUUUGUGGGAUUCUGGAUAGCUGUUCAACCACAAAUUUUUUUGCCAACACGUUUUUGGAAGCUUGCUCCCGGCUGUGUGUAGCAAUGCGGAGGGUAACGAUGCCGGGGGUUGGCUGGCUGGUGGUGGCAGUUUUGUCUCUCCUGAUCGAGCUGUGUUGGACAGAAGGAGGGGGCCCAAGCCUUGCUGAACGGGUAAUAUGGGCUGUAAAUGCCGGCGGGGAGGCUCACGCAGAUGCGGAUGGCAUCCACUACAAGAAAGACCCCUUAGAAGGAAAGGUUGGAAAAGCCUCCGAUUAUGGAGUGCGUCUCCCUAUACUGCGCUCCAAUCCAGACGACCAGAUUCUUUACCAGACGGAAAGGUACAACGAGGACACAUUUGGGUACGAGGUGCCCAUCCGCGAGGAGGGAGAGUACAUAUUGGUGAUGAAGUUUGCAGAGGUCUACUUUGCACAGUCACAACAGAAGGUGUUCGAUGUGCGUCUGAAUGGCCAUACCGUGGUGAAGGACAUGGAUAUAUUUGAGCGUGUUGGGCACAGCACGGCACAUGAUGAAACUGUGGCCUUCUCCAUAAAGAGGGGCAAGCUGAGUGUGCAGAGGGAAGUCUCGACCUUCAACGGCAAGCUCACUGUAGAAUUUGUCAAGGGGUACUAUGACAACCCAAAGGUGUGUGCACUAUAUGUGAUGAAGGGGACACUAGAAGAUGUCCCAAAGCUGCAGCCUCACCCUGGCAUGCUUGAUAAGAAGGAACCGGAAGAACCGGAAGAGGAAGACCUGGAUCUGCCCGAGAGCGACGACCCCAAGACUCCCUCUGCCGCCCCCAAAGCCCGCGUGCAGUCGGGCCCACGCACCCCGAACCCUUACGCAGCUGACAACAGCAGCCUCAUGUUCCCCAUCCUGGUGGCCUUUGGAGUCUUCAUCCCCACCCUCUUCUGCCUCUGCCGGCUGUGAGAGAGCCAUAGACUGUGGGGGGAGGAGGAGAGGAGAGAAAAGGGCGGGGCAGGGCAGGGCAGGGCAGGGCAGGGCAGGGAGUCAGCAGGUGAUAGACAGGAGCCUCUAAAGGAGGAAGUGGGUAUGAGGGUGGGGGAGGGGGGAAGAGUCUGCACAGGAGUGAAAGGAGGGGAGGAACGUGUAGAUGAGGGAGGGGAAAAGUGAAAGCUGAUCACUAAAAGAAAAGAUAAAAUAAAUGGGUCUGUGGCUUCAGGUAUGUCAGUUUUGUUGACUGCAGUCACAGAAGGGCUGAAAAUGGAGGGGGUUGGGUUGGGGGUGGGAUGGACGAGAGAGAAGAGCAAGGGGCUUGGGCUCUCCACAAUCCUGACUCACACA